CAAGUUGGACAACUAAAAUCUGAUUAAAUCGCCAGGAUGGAAGUCCUGAACCCUCCCGAAAACAUUCUGUACGAGCUGCUUCUCCGGGCAGAGUGGAAAAAGACGCUAGAACCGCCAAAACAGGAUGAUGCCUUAGUAUCCAGAUAUAUUCCUGAUCUGUUGGCACUUGGACCAGUUGGUUUAUCAGUUGCAGUGUUCAAGAAACUUGGAUCCUUAAUAUGGCGAGGAGACUUGCACGGCCUGCCAGCUCCACUGGUCCAGUUCAAAGAUGCCCUGAUGGACUGGGAACUGCAGGUGUCCAGGGACAGGCAACUUAUUGCUGUACUACAGGACCAUCUGAUUGAAAUAAGGUCUUCAAGAGACGAAUUCAGCACUGCUGUUGCAAAAUGCACUGUUGGAGCAGACCCCCACCCCCAGUGGCGUAAGCUGUACUGGAGCCCUGACGGAGUCAUGCUGGUGUACGCUGACAGCUGUGGCAGUGUGCAGGGCUACGACGUCAUGGGGGCAAUGAUCUUCAACAUUCCUCAGGAGAGAACUACACCGAACGGACCAACAGACCUGAGAACAGCUGUAUCAGGCAUGGCCUUCCUUCCUGCUAAGGACGACCCCUCUUGGUCAUAUGAGCUGCUUGUGAUGAACUAUCGGGGGAAACUGACCAGUUAUCUUGUCAGUAACACCAAGGGUUACCAGGAGCUGCACAGCCACUACCUAGUGGAGGCGUAUGGAGGCUGGGCAGGAGACAUCCUGUACCACCCGCAGCACAGCCUGCUGCUGCUAGGGGGCAGCGCUAACUUCACUGGUGUGUCCGUCUCCCCUGAUGAGGACAGCAGUGCUGAGACAGCAGGACUGACCAGCUGGAGACUGCUGUCUGGGUACCCGUACUACGCCAGGGCAGAGGCAUGGACAGCAGAGGGACAGAAGGAAAAGACAAGAAGUCUGGCAUCGUUGACUCACUUGAAAGUGGUUGGCCUCUUCAAGAAAGGUCCACAGGAUGGAGUUGUGCAGAUGCACCUGUCACCUGAUGGACAGCUGCUGGUCACAGUGCACCUGUCAGGACAGCUGUGUCUGUGGCAGCUGCCGUCCCUCCGCAUGCACAAGUGCUGGCACCUGGAGCAGCAGCCUGGCUGUGACCUGGUCAACCCUAACCUCGGGGGAGCCUUGGCUAGGAGAAAUAAAGGUGUGAGUUCAUCCUUCCCCCUGGUGGAUGUUAACUGGUGGUCUGACGAGGCUUUGAUCAUGGCACGUCAGUCAGGGGCUAUCACCGUCUCCUCCACGGAGUCCCUGGACAACCUGCUGGGAGAGUCACCGGAGUGGUUUGAGCCGGGACCACAGGUGUCUGCAGCUGUGGACGGAGAGUUCCUGGCACUAGAGGUUGAGAGGACAGAGAAGAAGCCAGAGCGUAGUGGAGGGGAGGGGGCAGAUGAUGAUGAUGAUGAUGAUGAAGACAUGUCCAGAAUCAUGCAGGCAGCACAGAUUGUCAAACAGGUUGUCAUCGGAUUGGCUAAAGGUGGCAGAAUUUCUCUUCCAAGGAAGAAACCAAGAGCUGUACACUUUAGCUACUGUUUGAUGAGUCUACGGUCGACAACACCUGAAGAGCUUUUUGAACGAAAGCUUGAGAAUGAGGAGUAUGGAGAAGCUCUAAGCCUGGCCAAAGCGUAUGGACUGGACAGUGAUCUGGUGUAUCAGAAACAGUGGCACAAACACCCGGUUUCCAUAUCCAGUAUACAAGACUACCUGACUAAGAUCCAGAAGAGGAGAUGGGUUCUGCAUGAAUGUCUGGAGCGUGUGCCUGAGGAUAUAGACGCUGCCAGGGAACUGUUAGAGUACGGACUCAGCCGGUCAGACGUCAACACUCUACUUACACUGGAUGGAACGGAGGGCACAAAGAAAACAGAAGAUGAGACAGAAGCGUGGGGUAGUCUGGAGAACGCUGACCAGAGUGAUUCUGAAGAACAGGCCCAGAAGGAAGCCAUGCUGGAGAAGGUGGACUUCAGCAAGCUGAACUAUGAGCAGAGUGACUUAUGCCGGGUGAGACAAAAAAUCCUGGUGUACCUAGACCGUCUCUACACAUAUGAGGAAAUUCUGGGUGGAGGUGAGCAGGCAGCGGAGAGGUACAACAGUCAGUACUUCAGUGUGUUCCGCCAACAGAACAUCGUGGAGUUAGCACUGGAAAUGGCCAGGAAAAACGAAUGGCAGUCAGUAGAAAUACUGUUUGCAAACCAUUAUGAAGACCUGAUGCCACACAGGCUAGCUAUCCUGUCCAACUUUCCAGAGACUACAAGUCCUUUUGAAUAUCAAACCCUUCUGCCAGUGGCAAGUGUGGAGGAAACUCAGACAAUGUUGGAAGAGUGGAAGGAAAACAAACCUCGAGAGAAAGACUGGUGUGAGGAGGAACCAUGCAGAAAUGCUGUGGAACCUUUGGUUGUGGACCCAGGAGCAUUUUUGUAUGAAAACAACACACAGAUGGAAAAGUUCAGGGUGACCUUGCCUGAGGAGAGCCUGGUGUCCCAGUGGUACCAGGAGAGGGCCACGGCCAUAGAGGCCCUGUCUCAUCAGGUGGACAAUGCACUGGAGCUAGUGAGGCUUGGCAUGGAGAGAGAGGUCCAGGGCUUGCAGCUUCUCCAUGAUGACUUGGUUACCCUGGAGAUGCUGGUGUAUGAAUGCCAACCGGAUUCUGUAGUCGACCUUCAGAAGUUUCAGACGCUUUCUGACCUUGACAGACUACAGCUGCUCAUGGCACAGUCUAGUGCGAGUGAGUACAUGAAGAACAUACGGCACCGAGCGUUGCCCUUCCUCCAGCGCUGUGAUGCUAAGAAGCCCAACAGUGGCACCAAACUACUGCAAGAGUACAUGGUCAUGAUUGCAAAAGAUGACUUGUCGCUGGUGGUAAAGAUUUUCCAGAGUUCCAGGCCUGAGGAGGCUGUGCCCAUUAUCCCUGAGGUUGACCAGCUCAUGUCCCUAGCAUUGGAAUGUAUUUACACAUGUGAGAGCAGCAAACAACUGUCACAUGCAUUUGCCAUCUUGGAGUGUCUUCCACAGAGAGGGUUUGGAAACGAGACGGAGAAGACAGCUGGACUUCAUGAUGAUGUUGACAAGCUGGAAGCCCAUCUCAGUGCUGCUGAAGUACUACAGAAACAUGGAGUGUUAAAACCUGUCUGUAACAUCAGAGAUACACAGGAUGACAAAGACUGUGCCAGAAAACUGUUUGUUCAACUGACAAAGCAGAUUACAAACAAGAAGCAGUCCCUGACUAAGGGUGAAUGUCAGGAGGUUCUACGGGACAUUUUGGACCUGCAGAAGAAGGUUUAUCAUUGCCUGGAUUCCUCACUGUGUUAUGAGGUUUCCCAUGAGCAGACCGUAGCCCUGGUUCUAAAGGCAGGACAGGAAUAUUUCAACUCUGCUUCCAAAUCCACAGAUGUCAGUUUGGACCUUGCAAGGAAAUGUUUCCAGCUGAUAGAAGAUGUGCCAACUACUAUCCAGCAGGAGUUGGACUUGCUGCAGGCUGUGCAACUGCUUGAUGACUUCCAUGUUGAUAUAUUGCCACUGCAAGUUCGUUUAUGUGAGGACAAGCUGACUCUGAUCUCAAAAGUUCUAGACAGUGACAAUAACUCUUACAAGCAGUCUGGAAAGUUGUUGGAACUAGGAGAUCUCCUGAUGAUUCAUGCCAGAAAUAAAGAAGAAAGAACCGGCAAGAUUCUUACUCUGGCAGCAGAGACUGCACUCAAGAAAGCAGACUACUCCCACACCUGCAGGAUGUGUCUGCAGCUGAAGGCCCUGGGUUAUGCACCUGGCUGGCAGGUGUGUCAACAGCUGGCCACAGAUAACAACUUCACAGACUACAGAGCAAGGAUGGAGUUGUUAUCCUUCUCUCUGACCCACUGUCAACCUGAUCAACUCUCGUCUCUCCUCAAGGUUAGGAACCAGAUCAUGCUGCAGAACAUGGUUUACAACAGUGAAGACCUGUCGGAAACAGAGCAGGAAACACCAGGCAGCCAGGAAUGGAUGGAGGCAAUACAGCAGUGCCUGCAGCAACGAGCCAAACUGCUAGGGGGCGACGACACGCCCAUUGCCUCAGCACCCAUCCAGCAUCAAAAAGUUCAGCCCUUCUAUGCAACUGUCAUUCCCAGUACAGAGGAAAACAAGGAGGUGUUCUCUAGUUUCUACACAGCCCCUGAGAGAUCGGCCACAAGAGAGCCGGAGUGGAGACUGUUCCGCUGCCUCGUCCUGUACCACAUGGCAAACCUGCACACUCAGGCAUCUGUGGACGUACAGGCCCCACUAGGUCUGGCUGUUGCUUCUGCUCAAGAUGAUAUCACUGUGAUGUUGGCACACUUACUUACUACACCAGAGGUUGAUACGGCUGAGCAGUGCCUGAAGCGUCUGCCCCAGUCUGCCAUCACCCUACAGCUGGCUGCCUACUACUACUCUGUGUCCCUCUUCACCAGACUACACCCCACCAUCACUGCUGACACUGUCAACCCCUGCUACCUCUACCCUCCUAGAUGGUUAAUCAAAGCUACACUGAAGGUGAACUCCGACCUGUGCUCCUCAGAAGAGUCUAAACUGUUUGUGGAGAGGGUUUCAGAGUGGAUCAGCCUUCUGCAAGACUUCACACAGGUGUCCAUGCUGAAAAACCUAGGAAAAGGGGUUGAUGUUUCAAGGUUCUUAUCUGAUGAAGAGUACAAAAGAGAGACCAUCCUGGGGCUGGCAAUGACGUUGGACCUGUCUGUGUUAGAGGCAGCUGUCUCCAUGGCAACCCAGUACAGAAUCCCAGUGUGGGAGGUUCACAUGGCCUACCUUGAGUUCCUCUUCACUGACAGCCAAUUGCCAGUGAAGAGUAUUGAGGAGAAACUGUCAGAGACUGACACGCUGGCUGUGCUGGCGUCGUCCCCUGAUGAGAUGGCUCAGCAGAUGGAGGGGAGUGUUUACCCCAGCCUGGCAGGCACGGACCACGCAGCCCUCCUGUACUACUACCAGGUGAUGUCCGGUAGCGGCACAUCCCUGGAACCCUGUGGGCUGAAGCCGUCUGUCCACGCCUCGCUACUCAGGAAGAUUAAACCUGCUGCUCCUGGUCUUGACUACAAACAACUGUUUGAAGGCACAUCAGACCCCCUGGAUGUGCUGAGGAGGGUUGUCACCAGCAGUAAUGUGCAUGUGCUUGCCAAGCUGGCCAAUAAGAUUCCAGCAAAGGAGGGAGGUUUUCUGGAGUCCUCUGAGGUGUAUCGUACCUUCCUGCUUGCUUUCUUCUGGAAUGAGGAAGCCCUGAACUCAGACUUGCUACAGGACAAGGAGGAGUGUACAGAGAGGUUCUCUGCCUGUAGUGAAUUCUUCCCCCGACUGCUGCCCUCUGACCUCCUGACCUUCACUGACAAGGUCGUGUUCCACUCACAAGCACCAGUCAAGAUGCAUGUGGAAAGCCGUAUUGGUAUAAUCAAGGAUGUGCUCAACUUCACCAGCAAGUCUUCAAACAAGCAGAAAGAUACAAAAAAACAAGACAGCACCACAAUCACAGAAGUCACAGACUGGCUGGAGAAAUCUCUGCAGCAUCUGCAGACAUUAACAGACAACGUCAUUGUUGGUCUCCGGGAGAGUUCACAGAGCAAGGAAAGAAGUUAUGCUAUGGUCUACGAUCUCAGCCAAGGACAAGCAGACAAGAUAAGAGCCCUUGUGGUAAAAAUGUCGAUAGAUGGCACCCCUCUAGACACAGUGGACAGGGUCCUCAGGCUGGCCGGGGUCCAGGGCUUUACUGUUGACCACGCAGCCAAGCAGGCUCUCAGGGAGAUACUAAACCACAUCAGGGAGGGGGGGACAGCUGACCAGGACUCAACCUCACAACUGGUGACAUUCUUGACUAAUGUACGGGACUGUACACAGAGUGGAGAAGACAUUAUGUCAGUAAAGGAACUGUUGCCACUGGUUCACGACUUCUGUGCAGACAUGUCAGUCAGCAGUGACAAACAGCUUAACGUGGUCAAACUGGUACAACAGCACCUUGAUGUAGAGGUAGAAGACAAAGAGAUGCUGCUGUUCUGUCACACUAACGCCAUGGCAACACAGAACUGGGGUCUGCAGAUCCAGCGACAGGACAUGGCUGACGACUCGGCAAGACAAACUCUGUACCUGACCCUGCUGGGCAAAAGCAGCUCAGUGGAGCAGUUCCAGGCCCUGGUGACAGUACUGUGUAUGUGGCCUACACUGCCAUCCAGCUCCGCAAGUGAGCCAGAACACAACAGCUGGGUACAGGUGCUGUCAGCACGGAUCCGCUGCUGUUCCCAGGGAGACCAGCAGGAUGCUGACCUGGAGAAGGAUAUCUGCAGUCUGAUCAGCACAUUGGACAGCUCAGGACAGCUGUUCAACAAAGAGUGUACAGAACACCUGGUGGAAUUGUUGGUGGGAGUGGACAGAACAGCUGCUGCUGCUAAGGUCGCCCUGCUGUCCCCUUACGAACAGCUGUACCCGGGUGCUGUUGCACUGCUGACCAAGUCUUACUCACAGGAUGAGGCUUCUGUUGACAAAGAGGCUCUAGACUUACUCCUGCUCCGACACCUAGCUGCACAAGUGGUAGAGACUCCACUUUAUAGGAGUUUGCAAGACCACGUACUAGAGCGCGGCGUGGCGGACACGAUACGGGAAACGGCGCAACAGCUGGCAGCAGCGGGGUAUUCCGCCGAGGCAGGAAGUCUGACGACGUCUUCUCAAAUGUCUCAUCCAACCUUACAGGUCCUGGACACAGCUUUACAUUAUGUACAGCAACUAUGGAAAUAACACUGUCAUUCUAGUGUGUUGAUGAAAAAGACUAAAGUACUGUAAAUCAAGAAAUAAUUGCUGUGGGUUUAUGUUUGCGGUUUCUUAGCUCUCACUGCAAACUUAUCACACCACAAACAUGUCUUACAACUGAAGUCUGUACUACUGCACUGUUUCAAACUUAAGCAAUGCAAAGGCCUCCAACUACAAACAUAAAACAAUUUACUGUACUUUAUGUCAAGUGUUUGUAAUGAUGGAAUAUCAUAUCAUUGUAGGUAGGAUGUUACAUUUGGAUGUGACUGUUUAAAUUUUACUAUAGAUGAAUUUGAAUGUGAAGAGUUAAUUUCGUGAGUAUGUUAAUGUUGCUAUUGGCAGCACUCUAUAUUGCUGCCUUUUGAUUCUGUUAUAUGAAUGAUGACUGCACAGAGUAUUCUUCUCAAUUCAAAUAUGGAAUAAAUUAUUUGUGCCAAGAAAAAAUGUACAUUGUAUACCAGGUGCUAUAUAUAAACUGAAGUGUCUGCACUCUGGAUUUUAAUGUAUCUGUGAAUAAAGUAAAUGAAUACACUUACAGGACAAUGUAAUUACAGAAAUAUGAUGGCACCACUUGGUGAAAGCACUUGUACAGCAGGAAUGAGUAAAGUUUGAAAACUGUAAACCCCAUACACCACAGUCUAAUAAAAAUAUAUGGCACUAGGAGUACUGCACUUGUAUAAUAUGCAAUAUUUACAUAUAGAGCCUCAUCAUGAGUGCAGUGCAGUUACUACUAUUGAUAUCAAAAUGUUGCUUAUAAAUUACAUGCAUUGUUUGAAUGGUGUUUUAUUGUUUCAGUACCGUUACAUGUAUGUAUAUCAUUACUUCGCCUAAGUCUCUCUUUCCCCCUUGUAAUGCUUGAAUGUUAUCAUGUACAUUCAGCUGUACAUUUCACAAAAUGAAAACGUUAGUGUGGGCAUUACACAUUUAGCUGCAACGUUAUAUAUACAUGUAUAUAACAUAGAUGAAUACACGUGCUAAAUCAUACAUCCACCAAUCCCCUACACCAUUAUUAUCCACCCAUACAUGUACCUAGUCUAAUUGUCAUCUUUUUUUCCGAUCACUUACGUUGCAGGAUUGGUUGGCGAAUGGUCUAUGCGUUGUACAGCAUUCAGCUGUCUUAUGGCGGCAAAGUUUCCGU